GAAUAUAAAUAGCAUACUGUAAAUUAAAAUAAAGCAUAUUACAUUAAAUUGAAUAGUUGUGAUGACAGGUAUCUCCACAAUUUCCUCCCCUCUAAUUUUCAAUGUUAAAUAGUAAUGCUAAAUAUUCUUUCUAGCGAUUAUAAAAAAUAAAUAUUACCUUCUAUAGCAGUACAAUUUAUUCGUUUCGUAUUUAGUAUUUAACUUCGAAUUGAGGGCACACGUGCCCAGGGGAUUUGCCAUUUAAAUCUGGCCCCCUUUGAUUAUCUCUCGAUCUCGAGGAUCAAAAAUCCAGCCACACAAUGGUCCUGCCCCAAUCCUGUGUUUUUCUUUUGGAUUAGAUCCAGACUGGCUGCGGCUUCCGAUCUUCAGAUUCGAUCUUUUCAUAAUCAAUCUUUGCACCUGCACCUUGCGCCGUUAAAAACUAUUUCAUUCGUUUGUACAAUCAAUUAUUGAUAGUUUGUAGCUGUAAAAAUCUUUCUCUUACGCAAAUUGCAAAUUAAACGUUUCUGAAUUAAAGCAGAAAACUGUACUCGUGGGAAAGGAAAAAAUCGUUCCCUAGAUUUUCCCUGGAACAACAGAUGGAGCGAAUAAUUCAUCCUGAUGCAACGGGCCCUCUUAAUUUGUAGCGUGUUAAUUGUCUAGCCUCGGCGGAUAUGUUCAGUAGAAAGUUUCGUGGGAAAUCGAUAAUGGCCCGUACUUUAUAUCCUGUCGGCGCUUCAAAGAAAAUCUUUUGGUACCUUCAAAUAUCCUAAAAUUAACAUUUCCUUCCGUUUUGUCGUAUAUUUUUAAUAGAAGCAUUAUUCGAAUACUUUCCGGUUUUACUCCUACUUUUCUCACAUUUUUUGGAACCACCACUUUUACUAGAAAUUCCUCCUCCAAUUUCAGACAAAUUUAAUUUUCUUCCUUUCUUCAAUCCUUUCUGGAUAUAAUAUUUUCGAAUUUCUUUUUAAGGAAUAAAAUUAUUACAAGUUCCCUGCUGUAUUAUGUUGGAUUUGACAGAAUCUUUUCUCUUGAAAGAAAAUUCAGAAUAUCUUCUCUUCUUUAUUUUCUGAGGUUUUAUAUUCUUCCACAGGAUCCACAGGAAAUAAUGAAUGUUGGGGACUAGCGAGUUUCAUGGUUGUCCAUAAAAAGAGCAUCCAAGGGAAUCAAAGGUGUAACGGAGAAAGAAAUUAGGGGCACGUGUCGUGCACGUGUACCGAAAACACCGUGCAAGGGUUUACUCGGGGGUUAACCACUUCUGCGACAUUUGGCCUAGCCGGAGCACCGUGUAAUUAUGUGGCCCGUAACAGGUCCGAUAUGAUUGCUGCUGUAUCAUUAUCGUGCCGCAAAAAUAUAUUAUUUAAUAGCGCAACAAUAUGUUUUUAUGAAACUUUGUGCCACGUGAAAGAAAGUUUUCCAAGCUUUGCACGAUAUGUACUUUUUAAUAUAGAGCUGUUAUUCUUUAACAUAUUGUAGUCAGCUUUUUGUUAGCUUUCUCAGUUAAAUUCAAGUACGAUAUUUGACAUUGAUAAAAGUUCUAAUACAAUCCUUCUGUUACGAAUUGAAUCUUCUAAUCUUCUGAAGAAAAAUGUCUUCUGGUUAAAAGUUUCUUUACGUAAUUUCCUUUCUCUAGAUUCUUUCUUAGAUCCAUCACUUUUUCUAAAAAUCCUUUUUCCAAUUGUUGAAUUCCUUCCCCGAUUCUUGCUAUAUUCACUUUCUUAUAAUUUCUCCUACAUUUCUUCCUUUCUUUAGUUCACCAAAGUCUUUUGUCCAGUUUCUGUUAAAUCAUAUAGCUGAUCUUCCUCUUGGAAUUUUUCUCCAGAUUCUUUCUUAUUCCAAUUUCUAUAUUCGCCUUCAACCAAUUUCCACCAAAUUUACAGCUUCUUCCUUAAACUUCUUUUAUCUAUAUAUAUGCGACAACUGUCUAACAUCUAAAAUAUCCAUCUUGGUGUGCAAAUUCGAUUCGUAAAUCUAUUCAAUUCGCAUUAUCGUUCCGUUUCUUCAAUCCAGAACCUCCCUGUUCCUUAUCAGAUCGAUGAAGAGGCGGAACCAGCAGCCAGGCAACUAGGGGUAGGUAGGCUCCACCACCAACUAGCUCGACGAAUGGGGAUGCAGCUAGACUUUCAACCCCAGGAAUGGCUUCCCUACCGCUUUUCUCUUUCAGUUUCGACAGACUACCUGAACCAGUGCUCAUCAAUGAUCCACAGUUCCAUUUCACCUUUCUAACAGCCUAACAUUCACUCAACAGUUCGAUAUUCUCUCUUUCACUUCAAACCCAAAUAAUUAUACAUACUAACAAUACCAUGUCAGUGAUUUUUCUAUCUUUUCUCUUACGAGAAUCAAUUUUAACAUCAAUACAUUAAAUACACUGUUACUUAUAAGAAUUUGAUUAUUAGUGGAUCCGUGAAUGUGGUAACAAUAUAACAGUUUUAUCAAAGUGUACGAAUUAAUGUAUUAACCCAUUAGGUUCCAAGCACGUUUUAAUUUAUCACAAUUUUGCAACUUCUCUUCAAUUUUUUCAAAUUUCAUAAGGUCGUAAAACCCAAUUUAGUGUGAAUGAUGAGUGUCGAACGUCCGAUUAGAAGUUUGAAGAAUCUGAACUAUGAGUGGAAGUGAAGAGAACGUUGUCCAGGAAGAAUAUCAAGGAUGAAGAGAUUGGCUAAUGGUUUCCUUACAUCCAAAGUGGUUCCUCAGGUGUCUGGAAGAGGAAUUUUCAAUUAGAUCACAGUAUGACCAACAAGGAAAGAUUGAAUACAUUGUGUUAAGUGUCUGGACAAACCUGGACACGUGUCCUGGCUUCCUCCUGACACGUGCCGCUGUUUAGAAGUAUUUCCUAGCACGCGCCGAGGCCACGUGUCACGUCGAUGGUAUCAGUGAUCCUCGGGACGUGAUCGAGGGUGUUUGCAUUGGAAUUUGCUGGAAAUUUCAACGAAAACUGCCUGCUGAUCCCAGUUUAAUUGAAUCCAUUCAAUGUUCCUUGCAUUGAGUUUGAAGAAUUGUCUCUUCUGCGUUCAAAAGACGCUAUAUAACGUUCCAGGAAGCACUCAGAAAUUACACAGCAGCGUGAUCUCAAUAAUUUGUUUAAUAUCUUCUGCAUUAGGUCGAAGAUAUUGGUUCUUCCGCGUUCAAAGAAGACUAUAGUGUCCAUAUAGACAGGGCUUAGAGGUUGUAUAAAAGCAUCGUGACUGAUCUCAAGGAUGCUUCUUGUAUUAAAUUUGAAUGUGGAACCUCUUUGAGAGAUUCACAACUAGAAACUACAUUGUGAAGUCAAACGUUCAAAGUAUCCUGUAACUCGUGAUGGAAACGUUUGAAUCUCACUUGAGAGAUUCUCAAGUAAAAACUACAGUGUAGAAUCAAAUCUUCCAAAUUUCUAUAUCGAUCUAAAUAGGAUUAAUAAACAAUCUUAUGAACACUAUAUAAGAACAUUUCAGUGAAUUAAUUGGAACUAGUCAAAGAUUCUAGUCACUAUACCAAAGAAUUUAUCUGAAAUACACACGUACCAAAGAAAUUUAGGUGUAAGACAAGCCUCUUCAAGAUGUAUUCUAUGGAUAAUCUGGAAUUAGACAUGAUGAAUCGCCAGUACAUGUACGAGGCUCAUAGUUUCCUUGGAAAUCCUGCGAUUCCAGCUCUGCCACCGCAUUGCGGAGCACCUACUACGGCUACGCUGCCUUCGAUUCCGUCGCAGCUAGCUUCUCAUACUGCUGGCAGUACUGGAAGUACCAGUGGCAGUGAAAUUUAUUUAUAUGACGAAAACAGCACCGACAAUGAGAGCGCUUACAGCAGUGACCAGGAGAACCACACCAGAGAUGUAAUAAUGAUUUCUAGACGAAGUCAGAGCAACAGAAGGAACGGGGCAACGGGAAAAAGUCCAAGGCAGGCGGUGCAACAGAGGCAGGCUGCCAAUAUGAGGGAGAGGAGACGUAUGCAGAACAUAAACGACGCCUUUGAAGGCCUUAGGGCUCACAUACCAACUUUGCCCUACGAAAAGAGACUCUCUAAAGUAGAUACAUUAAAAUUGGCGAUCGGUUACAUAAAGUUCCUGAACGAACUGGUCAGAGCUGACAAGGGCAACGAUCCUCUGACAGGAAACGGAGGUCUCUCGAGGUGUUCCGGUCGAGACGACACUAAGAAGGUCAUAAUUCGCAGCGAGGGGAACCCAUUCAUUUUCCAUUCUUUGUCCUGGUCUAGGAAGUCGGACAUCUCCCCGAAUGGGACGAUGUACGCGAAAGUCUGGACGCCGGAGGACCCAAGAACGUCAAAGAAUGGCUCGACAUUCGAAUAAAGUGCUCAGGUGUUAAUUAUUAAGUGCGUCGAGCCUGUUAUUUAGUAUCUAAGGACAGAAAUUUCUAGUCAAUCAUUCAUUUUUCCUAAUUUUUAAUCAUACCAAAAGAACAACAUUUGUUAACAAAAAAAAAUUAUGCUAAUUAAUUAUCCUGUAUCUCUAGUCGAUUUUAACACGGUUGGACAGUAUUAUUAAAUUAUUAUUGUUAACAUUAUUUAAUUGUCCUAUAUAUAGACAGUAUCAUUCUUUAAAUUAAUGUGUUAAUGGAAUUUCAGAUAGAAAUUAAAUAAGAAAUUCCUAUAGAAUGUGAAGAACAUAUGCAACUUCUUUCAGUUUCUUUUUAGCCGUGCUCAAAAAACAGCGAAUCUACGCUUAGUAAAUGCAAGAGGAAAUACAUAAAAAUUCUGUCAGGAGUUUUUCUCUUCUCUUAAGUAAUCAAUUGAUUUCUCUAUUGUCUGACAGAAUUCAUGUUACUAUUGUACAUAUAGAGUGAGUAAAAAAGUGUAAGCAGAUAUUGUUUGUACGUGAAAUGUGAAUAUGCAACAGAAUGAUUGUCAACGUGAUUGCCAUCCAAGCCAAAUAAAGUAGGUUCUUCAAGUUUCAAACUGUUUCUUCUUUUGUUACCAUGCAUUUUUUAUAUUUUACCGUAAUUCCUGCUUUCUUCCAUUCUUUCUCUUUUAUUAUUGAAGCAGUAGUUAAUGAAGUUUACAAUGGAUAAGUUAAAAUUCCAAUAUUCUGCGCACUUCCUGAUAGGUGUACAUAGUUCUUUUAGAAAUCAAUAGUCUUCCCACUGUAGCUCGUUAAAAUUUAAUCCGAAACCUCUUUGCUUGGUUCAGAGAAAACUGAAUCCAAAAUAAUUUUUCUUGAAGCAGCUUCUCUUUAAUUUUCAAAUUUCUACAAUUUCUGUCAAUUUUUCAAUCUUCUAAAUUUUUAUACCUUUUCAUCUUUAAUUUGUCUCUUUCCUCUUAAUUAAUUUUAACAAGUUAUGUUACUAAAAUUUUUUCAGCACAAAACAGACUCUAUUUCAUCAAAGUUUCAGUCCAAGACUAGUCUCUCAAUCUUUUAGACUUUUUCAUAUCUUCAAUUUCCCUUGUAUUCUCUUCCUCCAUUUAAUAUAAUUUAAAAAGUUUAUUCCCCAAAAUUUCAUCAAGAUUCAACGCAAAGUAACGUAACGAAAAUAAAGAAUGUGUUUCCCGAGUGUCUAAGAAGUCGGACGAGGCUUCGAAUGUAGUAUUCUUCGCAACGAAAUGGCGGAGGACUCCGAAAAAAAGAGGGUAGAAGCUGCGCCAAAUUCUGGCGUAGAGUUCGCCUGAAAGGGGAGCAGAGCCGAUGUGGAUGAGACAGAGAAGGAAAAUCGUGGGCGGUACGUCGAUAUUGCGGUGUCGCGACGUCCUGCGACUCGGGAAUAAUGGCGUCGACGGCUGCGGAUCUUCCCACGACGCGAUCCUCUUUUCCCUCUUCGUUAUUUCUGCACCCUGAAUACGGUUUUCUACCUUCUACCCGUGCCUCACUGGUUGUUACGUUAAUGAGCCGAGCCAUUUACUUAAAAAUAGAUAUCAUUAACAUAAUAACUAGUCCACUUGCUUUUACAAGUUUCUGACCGUCUUCCACUUACAUAGUUACGUUUUACUAGUUAAAAGUAUACGUAUGUACAGUUAAGUAUGGAGUUAAAAGUAUAUAUGUACAGUUAAGCAUCAUGUAGGGUUCGAAAUUUUGCUUCAAGGGUGGAAUUGUAUGGUAAGCCAGGAUAUUGUGGAAAUUGUUCCUUUGAAAAUGUUUUAUCCAUCACUAGUUGAAUUUCCUUUCUAAUUUUUAUGAAAAUCUUUUCUCCUUGCGUCUUCUUCAUUUAAGUUUGUCUUUUCCAUCUCUUCUUCUCAUUUC